AAGGUAGGGGAUUCAGUCUUGCGGCCACGUGCUACACGAGCGCACGCCCCGCACAUAUACCGGCCGGCUACAGGUUCAAUCACUCUUCGCGCCGUAUCCUCAUCCAAAAAUUGUGUGCUAUGAUUUGCCUAGAUUAUAUAUUUUAAAGUGUAAUUCUUCCUGGCAGAAAAUUCGAGGUAAUUUGCAAGUUGUCGCGUCAGGAAUUGUAGAAGCGACGUUACUUUCUUUUAGUGCCUCAGUGAUCAGGAAUUUUCUAUGGUUUAUAUGGUUUUGGAAUACCAAGGGUGGACAAUCGUAUGCUGAUUCCAUGCAUGGUUACCAAAGACGAAGAAGAAAAGUGUUUCUUGGUGUAGCUACAAACCAAGUGAUACAGUGAUCAUGUUGGAUUAGGAGUAUGGUGCGCUUUUAGAUCAAGAGGACUGAAAAGAUUUAAAGCUGAGUCUGUCGAGGAGGAUGUAAGGAGUUUAUAAAGAGUGACGAUAAAACGAAAAAGGUUUUGGUGCAAGGAUUUGCAUUUGGUGAAAAAAUGAGGGUGGCUCUGUCGUGGACGAGGAAAGUGCGGAGAGAGGCGGAUGGUGACAUGAAGUGAAUAAACGAGGUCGGAUGGACGUGGGCGAUUUGUCGAACGUGGCUGGAUUGGCUGGACCUGGUACCAACCACUGUUCGCCAGGAGUUGGUAUCAUUGGCAGUACUACGGGGUGGUGGACCUCGUCACCGUCCAAUACCACGACACCAGCCAAUACUGACGUAAUGAAUCAGCUCUGCAGAGUCUGUGGCGAACCGGCGGCCGGCUUCCAUUUUGGUGCUUUCACUUGUGAGGGAUGCAAGUCCUUCUUCGGUCGAACGUACAACAACCUAGGCAGCAUAUCCGAGUGCAAAAAUGGAGGAGUUUGUGUGAUAAACAAGAAAAACCGUACAGCAUGCAAAGCCUGCAGAUUACGAAAAUGUCUGAUGGUAGGAAUGUCCAAAUCAGGCUCACGAUAUGGUCGUCGCUCGAAUUGGUUCAAGAUCCACUGCCUCCUCCAGGAACAGACUCACCAGACCCUAACUCGUCUCAAGGAUCGAAAAUCUCCUUACGAAAAGCCCUUCUCUUCUCUUGAUGCAGCGAACAAUAACACCAACACCAGUGCCUCCAACAACAUCCCCACCGUAAACAGUUUCCAAGAAAGGAUACAAAAACGAGAAGAGGGGACCAUACGUUCUCAAGAUAUACCAGUAUUGAGGACACCAGAGAUCCCCAGACCUCAGGAGAUGCUAAGGCCACCAGAUAUUGGAAGACCUCAUGAGCUUCUCAGGCCCGAAGCUGCUAGGUUUCCAUUGUGGCGAGGACCUCCUUUCUUCCACCCAGCCCUCAACCACAUGCAGUUGUUGAACACACCCUUCUUCCCAUUUCAACAACGCUUCAUAGUGCCUUAUGUGAACCAAGUUGGUACCCCCCAAGCUGCCACCAGCUUAUCCAGCUCCUCCAGUGAGAGCAUCAGUCCAAGGACAACACCUUCACCUAGGAAUGAGACACAUAACGAAAAUCAAGAUAGUAAUCAUAGGGAUAAUUGCGACACUAGCAGACCACCAGAAAUUUCCUAUGAUAAAAGUGUUGCUUUUCUUAGGUCCCUUGGUCCAGAACAGGAUGAACCUAUUGAUCUGAGUGUGAAAAAUCAGCCGAAGGAUGCGGAAGCGUAUCUUGGCCUUAGCGAAGAAGAAAGGUCUUCGGGAAGUGAGGAUAACGAGAUGGAGCUGGAAGCAGAAACAGGACCACCUCUUGAUCUGACUCGAAAGACAUGACCUUGGCGAGAUGACGAACCUCGACUGUAGCCGAGGCGUCGAAUUUUGCGUAAUAGUGCUUGAUAUCACUUAACGAACCUUGGAAGCCUUUCUUUGAUAUCCUUUUAAAAAUCGUUUAGAGACCUUUUUAAAUUCUGAUUUAGCAGCCGUCUUUAUCAUUCUUUGAAGUGCCUAAGCAUUCAAUGCUAAAUUGAAAGACACUUCUUUCAAUUUUCAAUCUUUCAAUUUUUCAAAUGAGAACGCAAGGUUCAAGAUUAGAACUUGGGUUUUUUGUGCCUUAUAGUGACUAGCGAUUACUCAAGUGCCUUAUUGUCGUGCCGAAGAAGCGGAAAUGCGAGGGAUAUCGUGCUUCUGCAGAAAGGUGACGAGAAGUGGAAAAGGACGAUUUUACAAUCGCCAAUUCAAUCGAUGAAAAUUGCUCAAGCCUUCAAGUAGCUAACCAGGUGCGUGUAAGAUGGUCUUUAAGAGAUCGACUUGAUAUCCUUGCAAAAUUACGACGAACGAUUAUGCUGAUUGCUAAGCACAAAAAUAACGUCGCGUGCAGUUUUGAAUGGUGCCUUAAGCUCGUACCACAGUGCCAGUAAGACAAUGUGAUUCUUUUGUGAUCACCGGUCGUGAGUCAAAAAUGUUGAGUUUUAAGAAAAAUAUUAAAUCGUGUAAGUGUACAAAAAUUUCUAGAGCCCUCGAACAUAUUGUAAAUAUAAUGCAGAAUGCUGACGCGAAUGUCGGCGAAUUACGAGGCCAGUUUUUAUUUUACAAUUUCGUCCAUUUUCAUGUUUUAGUGAGUUGACUACAAACGCUCAAUGGAGGUCGAGGUUUGUAAACUUAGUAAAUUACCUUGCUUGGUAAUCAAGUUGCAACAAAUUGUAUUUUGUUAUCCUCUGCUUGCUUAUUCAGAUUUGAUUAUUUUUUACUAAAAAAAUGGGAGUAAGAAACGUUGCAAGUAAUUGGCGAAGUGGGGUAACAGUCAGGAGGGCAACUAUGUUUAAAGUAAACUCAGCUUGGCAACUCGAAGACUUCUUUGGCUGUAAAGUGCUGCCUCUAGCGGAGUCCACUGGAACAAUCUUUGAGCUGCCACGCUGUUUACAUUAGCCGCAGUUACCCUGCUGAUUGGUAGCUCACUUCGCCCUUUAGAAACGUUUUUAACUCCCAGUUUUUUCUGUGACGUCUUUGUACGAAAGAUGAAGAUUUUUUCUAUUUUAAACAUGAUAUAAUAAUAUUGUCAGGGAAAAAUUAAAAUUAUAGGUAAAGCUUUAUAAGAAAUUGGAUCUAGAAGAAUUGUUUUGAAAUGUGCAUCUGAUUUUUACGAUCAAUUUCUAAAAAUUGUUUUUUUUUUUUUAUAUUAUCGACCAUCGCUCAUUCUGUAUUAAAUAAGAUUGAAAUUGGCUGUAAGUAAAUUCAAUUUUUCUCUGAGAGAAGAUUAUGUAACAUUAUCGAAAAAUAUAGUUAUGAAUUUUCAUGAUAAAAAAUUGCUUAAAUUGAAAAUAGUUUCGGCAGAGAAUGAAUCAAGUACAUUCUAUUUGUGAAGUAAUUAUGCAGAAAUCAAACUAGUCUUAUUUUGGCAUUUUUAUUGGAUCGCAAGUAAGCGCUAUAAAUUAAAAAAUGCAUAUUUAAAUCUUCUUAUAUUUAUACCAUCGCCCUUUUUAUGUACUUAAACGAAAAAUUAAAUUAUUUUCUAUUGCCUAAUGAGAUUGACAAUAGUUAAAAUCCAAAUUUAAUUUCUGACUUUUGGCAUGUGUUCUGGAAAGUGGUAUAAAAUAAAAUAUUUAAAUUACAUUUUUAAUGCCUUUAGUCUAACAAAAAUCCAUUGUAAUUAGUGAAUGUGAAUCUUCAAUUCUUACUUUACAAAUAAAACUACUCACUGACAAAGGAAAA